AUGUCGAGUCCGGCCAAGAAGAGGAAGCUCAACAGUGGCAAGAAACAGCCGGCAGCCCAAUCAAAGGGACUCGAGUACUUCUUUUCCAAGCAGAAGCAGCCGGAUGCGUUGAACACCUCGGCUGGUGAAGAUGGUGCUCCAAGCAGCUCAUCAGCUAUACUUUCCGAUGAGGAACUGGCACGGAAGCUACAAGCAGAAUGGAAUCAAGAGGUACCCAAUGACGUUCAUACCCCUUCUGGAGGCCAAGGUGCGACCCCAAUGGACAAAGAUGUUGGAUCUGUAGCAGAGACGGUAGAAGAUGGUUCCACACCCGCUUCUGCAAGUCAAACAGAGAAAUCCCCUCCGGAUACAACACCCAAGAAGCAGGAUGCCAAGAAGACGCUUUCUCUGCAAUCCACUGGAAUGGCCGAUGACACAGUAACAACGUCCAUUCCGCUUGACGAGUCGCCACUCACUUUUGAUCCGUCAAAGUGCUUCGUUCUUGUUAGCGCAACAACAAGCCGUAUCAAAAUCGUUGAUACUCUUGUAAAUUGUCUACGCAUUUUGAUAGAAGGCGAUCCUCCUAGUCUUUUACCAGCUGUCUGGCUGGCCACCAACUCUAUAUCGCCUCCAUACAUCUCCAUGGAGCUUGGGCUUGGCGGGUCUGCCAUUUCCAAGGCUCUCCGCCAAGUCUGUGGUCUGGAUAAUAGGUCUCUUAAAGCCAUAUUUGACAAAUAUGGAGAUCCUGGGGAUGUUGCGUUCGAAGCAAAGAAGAAACAGAGCUUCACACUGAGAAAGCCAAAGCCUCUCACAAUAAAGGGCGUCUAUCAAUCCCUGGUAAAGAUUGCUACUACUCAUGGGCAAGGAAGCGGUGAGAUAAAGCAGCGGAUCGUGGAUCGAUUACUGCAGGAUGCGCGAGGUGGAGAAGAGAGCCGGUUCAUUGUCCGAACCGUCUCGCAGUAUCUCCGCAUUGGUGCCGUUAAAACUACCAUGCUCAUUGCGUUAUCCAGAGCAUUCUCACUUUCUAAAGCCCCAGGUUCCGAGUACGAUACGAAGGAUAUUACAGAGCUAAAAGAGAUUGUCAAAGCAAGUUUUGCAAGACACCCAAACUACAACGACUUGGUUCCUGCACUCCUCGAUGUUGGGAGACCUCUCGGAGAUGCUCACAAAACUCCAGGGAAGGGAUUUUGCGUACACCUGGAGCUCAUGACAGAAAAAUAUCCGGACCUUGUGGAGCUGGUGCCCAAGAUUAGAGGAGAAGGCAUCGGUAGCUUUAUUAUGGAGGGAGAAGUUGUUGCCGUUGACCGAGAGACGGGCGAGCUCAAGAAUUUUCAGACACUGACUAAUCGUGCUCGAAAGGAUGUAGCAAUUGGAGACAUCAAGAUCGAUGUCUGUCUGUUUGCGUUUGAUCUGAUGUAUCUCAAUGGACAAUCUCUUUUGGACAGAUCAUUUCGAGAAAGGCGAGAGCUUCUUCGAUCCCUCUUUAUAGAGGUACCCCACCACUUUACUUGGGUUAAAAGCCUGGAUGCUACUUCUGGGGACUCCGAAACAGUUCUCGAGUUUUUCAAAUCUGCAUUGGAGAAUAAAUGCGAAGGUAUCAUGGUCAAAAUCCUGGACAAUAUCCCUGAUCUGUCCUUGGUGGAAGUUGAGCCUGGGCAACCUCUAGAAGACCCGGAAAAGUUAUCGCUCCCCAAGACUAAAACAAAAGGCAAAGGGAAGACAAAGAAUGCUACAAAGGGCGAUGGUGACGAAAAACCAGCAAAAUCUCGAAGGAAGCCGCUCUUGGCGACGUACGAGCCAGAUAAACGCCUAGACUCUUGGCUCAAGGUUAAGAAGGAUUACAAUUCAAGUUUCGACACGCUAGAUAUGAUUCCCGUGGCUGGAUGGCAUGGGCAGGGCAGAAAAGCGAAAUGGUGGUCGCCCAUCUUGAUGGCAGUACGGAAUGAGGAGAGUGGCACGCUCGAGGUGGUCUGCAAAUGCAUAUCGGGCUUUACAGACACUUUUUACAAAGCGAACAAGGAGUUUUACGAUAACGGGGAGGAAAGCGAUGUUUGGUUUGAGCCACAGGAGGUAUGGGAGAUGGCAUUUGCGGAUAUUACGCUGAGUCCAGUAUAUACUGCGGCAAUUGGGCUCGUGAGCGACGAGCGAGGUCUCAGUUUACGAUUUCCACGAUUCUUGAAGAAGAGAGAUGACAAGACUAUUGAUGAGGCGAGCACAAAUGAGUUUCUGGCCAACCUGUGGAGAAAGCAAGAAGCAAAGGCAGCAUCGUCAACGGCGAAGAAUGGAGAGGCUGAAGUGGAAGACGCAUUGGAUGGUGAGCAAGAUGAAUGA